GAAGAUGGCGGCAGCCGUGCUGAGCGGGAGCCCCACAGGUUCUGGGGCUGGGGGUCCGGGCGGGGCAGGCGGUCUCCCGGCCGCAGGUCCUGGGUCACGUCUCCGCAUGCUGCUGUUGGAGAGCGUAUCCGGGUUAUUGCAGCCUCGGGCCGGUCCUGCUGCGCCUCCCUCACCCCCCACGGCCCCGCUGGUGCCGGGACUCGUGCGUCUGCUGAGGCUGCACGGGAUGAUGGGCGGGGCCCAGAACCUCUCAGCAGUGGGAGCACUGGUGGGUCUCAGCAAUGCCCGACUUGGCUCCAUUAAGACUCGGUUUGAGGGGUUGUGUUUGCUUUCCCUGCUGGUGGCCGAGAGUCCCACUGAGACGUUCCAGCAGCACAGUGUUUCCUGGCUCCGUAGUAUUCAGCAUGUCCUUCAGUCCCAGGACCCAGCCCCUACUAUGGAGUUGGCUGUAGCCAUUCUCAGAGAUCUUCUUCGAUACUCAGCCCAGCUCCCUGAGCUCUCCCGAGACAUCUCCACGAACCACCUGCCUGGCCUGCUGACAUCCUUGCUGGGCCUCAAGCCUGAGUGUGAGCUGUCAGCAUUGGAGGGAAUGAAGGCCUGCAUGACCUACUUCCCCCGGGCCUGUGGCUCCCUCAGAGGCAAACUGGCCUCCUUUUUCCUAUCCAGAGUUGAAGCCUUGAGCCCUCAACUCCAGCAGUUGGCGUGUGAGUGUUACGCGAGAUUGCCUGCCCUGGGGGCUGGCUUCUCCCAGGGCCUGAAGCACACAGAGAGCUGGGAACAAGAGUUACAUUGUCUGCUGGCCUCACUGCAUGGCCUUUUGGGGGCCCUCUACGAGGGCGCUGAGACUGCCCCGAUACAAUAUGAAGGUCCUGGAGUGGAGCUGCUGCUGCCACCCCCUGCAGAUAAUGAUGUUCAUGGUCUUCUCCAGCUUCGACAAAGGUUUUCAGGGCUGGCCCGAUGUCUAGGGCUCAUGCUCAGCUCAGAAUUUGGGGCACCAGUGUCUGUGCCAGUGCAGGACAUACUGGACAUUAUCUGCCGGACCCUCAGUGUUAGUGGCAAGAACAUUAGCUGGCUGGGGGAUGGUCCUUUAAGGCUACUGCUGUUGCCCUCUAUCCACCUGGAGGCCCUGGAUCUGCUCUCUGCCCUUAUCCUUUCGUGUGGGAGUCGACUUGUUCGAUUUGGGGGACUUAUCUGCCGCCUGCUUCCCCAGGUCCUUAACACCUGGAGUGCUGGGCGCGACCCCCUUCCCCCAGGCCAGGAGAGACCUUAUAGUGCAGUUCGGGCGAAGGUGUACUCAGUGCUGGAACUAUGGGUACAGACCUGUGGGGCUGGGGCUGGGGUACUCCAGGGGGGAGCUCAGUCUGAGGCUCUGCUCACUCACCUGCUUAGUGACAUCUUCCCACCUGCUGAUGCCCUCAAGCUUCGUGGUCCCAGGGUCACCCAAGAUGGAGGAUUGCAGGCUGGGAAGCCUAGCGCCCCCAAGAAACUAAAAUUGGACUCAGGGGAAGCUGUGGUCCCACCCAUGCACAGGAAGGGGGAUAGCAAUGCCAACAGCGAUGUCUGUACCACUGCCCUGAGAGGUUUGAGCCGGACCAUCCUCAUGUGCGGGCCCCUCAUCAAGGAAGAGACUCACAGACGACUCCAUGAGCUGACAUUGCCCAUGGUGAUGGGUACCCAACAGGGUGAGAUUCCCGGAGGUUCUCCCUAUACCAGUGCCCGAUGUCGCCGAGAGCUCUACCGCCUGCUACUUGCUCUAUUGCUGGCACCAGCACCACAAUGCCCUCCCCCCCUCACCUGUGCCCUGCAAGCCUUCUCCCUUGGCCAGCGUGAGGAAAACCUUGAGGUCUCUUCCUUCUGCUCUGAGGCACUAGUGACCUGUGCUGCCUUGGCCCACCCUCGAGUCCCUCCUCUCCAGUCCCCAGGUCUCUCUAGUCCCCCAACUGCUCCUCCAACUCAGCCUGAGCCCCCUUCUCCCUUCCGGGCCCCACCUUUCCAUCCCCCUGGUCCUCGGCCCCCAGUCUCUGCCACAGCUAACCACCUGGGCCUCCCUGUCCCAGGCUUAGUGUCUGUGCCCCCUCGACUUCUCCCUGGCCCUGAAAACCAUCAGGCAGCCCUUAGUGAGGAUUCUGCCCCAGCCCCUGCUGGGACAUCCCCGCCCUCCCAGCCCCCAGAUGAGGCCUUUGGAGGGAGGCCUCCCCGACCAGCCUUUGUUCAUUAUGAGAAGGAGGAGACAUCGGAUGUGGAGAUUUCUCUGGAGAGUGACUCAGAUGACAGUGUGGUGAUCGUGCCAGAGGGGUUAUUGCCCCUGCCCCCUGCGCCUCCCCAGGGUGGCACCCCACCCCCGGCACCGCCUGUUGUUGCUACUGCUGCCUCCCCACCUCAGCCACCCAAAGAAGAGCCUGAGGAGCUGCCUCCUACCCCUGGACCCCUCCCACCUCCACCAGGGCCUGGAGCCCUCCCAGCACCCCAGCUGGUGGCUGAAGGGACAACCGGUGGGGGACCCCCUCCACUGGAAGAAGACCUGACCGUUAUCAACAUCAACAGCAGUGAUGAGGAGGAGGAGGAGGAGGAAGAGGAAGAGGAGGAGGAGGAGGAGGAAGAGGACUUCCCGGAGGAGGAGGAGGAGGAGGAGGAUGAGGAGGAAGAAUAUUUUGAAGAAGAGGAAGAAGAGGAGGAAGAAUUUGAAGAGGAGUUUGAGGAAGAAGAGGAAGGAGAGCUUGAGGAAGAGGAGGAGGAGGAGGAGGAAGAGGAAGAAGAAGAGCUCGAGGAGGUAGAAUUCGAACCAGCAGAGGGUGAGGUAGAGGACAGGGGAGCCCCUCCCCCAGAUUCUCCCCCCCCUCCCCCUCCCUCGGAGCCUCCCAAGGAAGAGCCAGAGCCUGGCCUCCUGAUGGAAGUAGAAGAACCCAGUGCUGAGGAUGAAAAGGAGGGUGGUGGUGCCCCUCCCCUGGCCCUUGAGGCUUCACCCCCUCAAGGAGAGAGGGAGGAGGAAGGUAGAACAGUUGUACCAGAAGCACCCCCUGCCGAAGAGCUGGCUGGAAAUGAGCCCCCUGUCUUCAGUGGGGAGGGGACUGAUGGGAGGGGCAGUCAAGAGCCUCCCCCAACCAGGUCUGCUGAGGCGCCAGCAACAGAGACCGAAAUGGCCCCCAUAGGGGAGAAGGAACAGGAUGACACAGCUGCUAUGCUGGCCGAUUUCAUUGACUGCCCCCCUGAUGAAGAGAAGCCAACACCCCCACCUGAGCCUGACUCUUAGCAGUCCUCCACAUUCACACCUCCCAGGUCUUCAGCUUAAAUAAAGUCAUUAUCUGUGUAUCAGC